AUGGACAAGAAGAAGCGUUUUGCCUCCCUUAUGGAGGACCACUCACAAGAUCCCAACGAUGCGACCUUCCGGUCGUUGUCGCCCUUCGGUAGCGAACACCGUUCCGGGUCGGGCGCCGGAGUCGGCGGGAGUUCCUUUGUAGGUUCGUCCCACACCGGCUUCGACCUCGGCCACGACCUCGACCAGGACCAGCAAGCCGUGUUGUCCUGUGUGACCAAAGAGACGUCCCAAGAAGACUGCGCACGGCACCGAUUCAUCGUAUGGGCUGCAGUGAAGCGCAACUCAUCUGUGCACAUACCUCCCCAGCAGAAAUUAGAAUGCCCGCUCCUUAGAUGCACCCGUCGCUUCCAAGACCACGAAGACAUGCUCAAGCACUUGGCUGGCUGUAGGUAUCUUGCAUCUGGCGAGUACUGGUGCUACGAACAUAAUCGGGUGGAGCGCUUCGAUGACUUGAAGUGCAAGCGCUGCCUGGGUCAUCCCUCCAAGAGGAGGAAAAUCCUCCGCAUAGCCAAGAAUUUCUUCCACUCGCUUGGCCAUAAGUCGAAGAAAGCCCACGGGUUCGGGAUCGAGGACGAAGCCGUACCACCACCUCCCUACGACUCACUCAACAUAACACCCCGCGAUGGCAGUGCCAACGAACUCUUGUCCACAGAGAUCCUCGAGAUCGACUCGGUAGAAGUGGCCCCUGUCCAGCCGAGCUCAAUACCGCCCCCCAGUGAUGUUAUUGAUCCCCAGGCGCUCCUCGUACCGGCUGUUCCUACAGUUCCCGAGCUGGACUCUACGAUGCUCUCUCACGAGACACUUAUGCAAUGGCAGCCAUUGCCGGGCCCCAACCAGACUCCGUUUCCAUUCGUUCAACAGGAGGACGCUGCUAGUAGGAUUCAGGCUGUCAGGCCGACACUGCAGCUGACCACAAACGGCCUCCCAGGUCGCCGCCAAGCUCCUAGGCCAGUGACACGGCCAGCUCCUGCCAUCCCGCGAAGCAAGGCUUUGUCACCCAGCUCGUCGGUGCGCUCUACGGCCAGCACUGAGACAAACGCAAGCACGACGAGCAACGGAAGCUCCAUGAUUUCACCAGUCUCGAACUGGAGCGGCGUCUGGUCGAUGGCGUCCGGGUUGGACACGAACAUGACUUCCCCGGUUGACGGGAUUCUGGCGGAUGACUUGUUUACCGACGCCAUAAACAAUGCGUGCCCAGAAUUUCUGCAUGAGUUCUACUCGGAGCUCCCUGCCGACUCGCCCUUGCCUGCGACCAGCUGCAACAUGGCCUUGGAUGCCGUGCUUGAAUUCGAUCUUCCUCCUCAAGCAACGGCGAAUAUGGCAUACGCCCCCGAAAUCGUUCUGACAGAAGACACGGCAGAAGCUGAAACGGAUGAGCCCGAAGUCGAGCAGGUCAAUGCGUGCUGCUCAGAGACGAAGUCACUGGUGAGCUCGGCGUGGGAUGCUUUGCAAGAGCAUCUCGUUUCGUCGAUUGUCAAGCUCCAAGACCACCGAGACAACUAUAUUGCGAACCAGCUGAGUUCAAUGUCGAUUCGGACUGUAGCGACGACGGGCUUGCAAACGCUGCGCGCUCUUCUGGCUGGUCAACAGCCGUCUUCCGCCAGUGAUGCACUUUGCUUUGUCCAUCUCGUCUACGCCUUUUCGUUGGUCCUCCAUGAACAGGGUGGCUCGAGCCAUUUCGACAGCCUCUUCCUGCAGUCUUUGGCCUAUGCCCACUUACUGGCGCCGGAUGAUCAAAAUCUGUAUCGCCAGUUGGUCAUUAGCAUUUGGCAGCCGCCAAACCUUACACAAGCCGAUAUCAAUAAUCACUUUGCUCUGUCGAGCAGGCUAUCUGGCGUAUCUCAGGACCGCAAAGGCAAAUCGCCGGAGAACCUCAAUCCGGCACUUGGACAACAGGGUGCUGAUCCGCUCCUCCUUGCGGCCCGUGAUUUUCUUGACGAGCUCGAGACUAGCCUUGUUAUGAGUCAGGAUUCUGUAUCACUCGACCUCCAGGUUCAGGUUUCUGACUUGAAUAUCAAGCAUCUGAAGGACGUUAAUCACUUUGGCCCAGUUAACGAAGCAUUACUUGUGACAGUAAAGUACAUCUUGACGGUGGUUUCCCGAGAGUUCAGCAACGCCAAGGGCCUCAACAGCAGGCUGAUGGAGUUGUACCGGAGACUCAGCAGCGGUACUAUAUUCAGCGUUCGAAGAGUUGAAAUCGAGCUGCUUCAUGCCGGAAGGUGCUGCACUCCCGCCGCAAUAUUCUUUCGCGAUUAUGUCCCCUGCGUGAGAAGGUUGUGCGACCAAGUCUAUGAGAAGCUUGACGAGGGGACGUCACGGCGCGAUGUUUAUCAUAAUCUCGGAGUCUCGUUGAUCGAAAGCCUAAUUCCCGAGUUCGACAAGUCACCCAAAAAAGCAGCUAGUCCUCCUCUUGACGAUAUCGAUGCCCUUCUCAAGGAUUUGGACACCGAAGUUGGAGAUGUGGAGACCAUGGCGUUUGGCGACGUGCAGCCUGUUGGAGUUGAGAUGUUUGAUCUUGAUAUAAACAGAGUGCAGCCUCCAACAGUCACAAGUUGUGCCGGAACCUCGACUAGCUCUCAGACGCCGAGCCCGGAUGCUGAGCAAGGGCAGCACCCAGGGUCAGGCGAGACACCGGAGCAGCAACAACUGACAGGGCAGAAAGUGGAGGCCAAUUCGUGCUGCGAGAUCUGCGGAUACCGACCGAAAGGAGAUCCGCAGUGGUUCAAGGGUAGCAUGGCCAAGCACAAGAAGCUACAGCACAGCACGGAGCCGCCCAAGAUUUACAAGUGCCCGUAUCCCGGAUGCACAAGCCAGUACAAGAACCGGCCGGAUAACCUGCGGCAGCACCAGAUCGAGAAGAACCACUGGGUGCAGGGGGAUGAAAACACGUCGAGGCGGCCGAGCAAGCGGAAGAAGGUGGCAGCCGAGGAGUAG